AUGCAGAGAACUCCCUCGGCUUCUUCUUCGCAAUAUUCAGCUUCACCUCCAUAUUAUGCUGCAAAUCAACCUCCUAUAACACCAAAUCCUCCACGUCAAACAAGAACAGACCAGAUCGUUCAGUUUAAUCUAGAACUAUGGGAUUCAGAUAUUUACAAAGACGGCCUCAAAUCUUGGCGUCAGGCAUCCCAAGCAUCUACAGGAACUGUACCACUUCCUAUGAUAAUCGAAUUUUUUCUGGAUGUGUCAGAGUUAAAUAAAAAUCAAAUUCUCGUUAUAACAGAUGAGAUUUCAAGGAGGCGAAGAGUUGAUUUGCACAAUUUAAGUGGGUCUAACGAGAACGGUAAAUCAAAAAAUAUUAUGUUGGAACGAAAAAGGAAAUUGAGCGAUGCAUUGAAAAUUGAUUAUAGGUUUGUAUUGCCAACUAGCGGAAUUCAAGAUCAUAUUGGUAUAGAGGGAGAAUCAAGACCAACAUCAAUCGAAUUUAAAUUUAAUCCCAUUGAUACACCUUUAGGCGUGUUAUCAUUAAAAGUCAAUUAUAGAACCAAUUGUGAAUUCUAUGUUGAUGAUUCAUCAGAUGCACUUUUAAGUUCAAAAUUCAUUGACAUGGAUGAAAACUACUUUACACCAACAAUGGUUCGUUACUAUCAACUGGAAGAACAGGAAAAAUUAGAAAGACGAAAAAGCGUUCCAACCCAAAUGGAGACACCUCCCCCUGGUUUUCUACAUCCAGGGUCUUCACCUAAACACACAAAUAGCCAAUUAAUUGUUGACAUUCCGCCAAUUCGAACACUUAGUCCAUCUAGGUCAAAUCCUGAAAUUAAAGAGCAUAGUUCUGGUCUUACAUUUCCAAAAAUUUACACACAACCUAGUUCAGGAACUCUUGGAUCGAAUUUAUCGGCACCGUCUUUAUUUUAUAGGUCACCAGACUCAAGGCGUGGAUCUCACACUUUAGAGCCUAUUAUGGCGAUGCAGCCUUUUAAAUCUCCGUCACUUUCUUCUUCCCCAGUGAAUCAUCAUGAGAUAAUGCCUCCAUCUCCAACACUUUACGAGCGAACAUCUACUUCGCCCUUGCAUCGAUCACCUUCACAACUUUCUUUUCAACAACGAAGUACAACAACAAGACCAGUGUCUAUUGAGAGCGGUACAAUACCAGCAAUGUCCUCAUCUGUGAAAUCGACUUCUUCUGCUGGAAGUCCUAGGAACGUGAUGGCAGCUUCAGUAGUCGACGACGUUCAACAAUUAGGAUCUUUCUUUGCAAAUCCAGACGAUGACGUAGGUGAAUUUGUACGGAUGGUAGAUAGUCGAGAACCACUAAAAAUGUUUAGCAGAAGUCCAACUGGUUCGGACGACACCGGUGGUUCAGCGCGUAAUCUAUCCGGCUCUGUAUACCGAACUCAGCUACAACUUUCACGAUUUCAAAAGUUGAAAGAAUCGCACAAAAAUUUAUCAGAAUCAAUAACAGGUACAGGUGAUGAUAUUAUUACUGGUUCUCCUUCAUCAGGAAUUUCACUACGUGUUCAUCAAGCGAAGGCGGAUGAUGACGAUAUGUUUUUUACAAUGAGCGAAUUUUCUGAUGAUAAGACUAAUAGUGCUGUGAAUAAUGUUUCUGGUACAGAUAGCAGAGGGGGAAAGCCUGAUCCGACGAAUAAUAAGUGGGAGGGACGUCCCAAAAAGGAAAUUGGUGUUGACGUUCUGACCUUGCAUGUCGUCUUGGCCAACAGAAAUUGUGAAUGUUGA